AUGACUACAUAUAACAUUACUCAGAAGCAAACCCGCGAAGAUGUCCAUAUUGGAAUUGUUUGCACCCUCGACGUGGAAAAGCAAGCCAUCGACAAAAUUUUCGACGAGACAUAUAACGCAGCAGAUUUCGGUAAGCUGAUUGGUGAUGCGAACUACUACAAACUCGGUCGUAUUGGAAGACACAACGUGGUCCUGGUGAAGCUUUCGGGAAAGGGGACGCAAUAUUCUGCGCGCUCAGUGACAGACCUUAGCCAUACCUACCGAGGUAUCAAGCUCUAUUUAUUGGUUGGGGUAUGUGCUGGUGUCCCUUUCCGAGAAAGAGGACAAGAUGAAAAGCUAGAAACAGCGGAGACGAUUUUCGGUGAUGUGAUUAUCGGUGACAGUAUUGUCCAGACUGAUAAUGGAAAACAGUUGCCUAACGAAUAUAAAAGAAGGACUGGCAGACGAGAAGUUCUCGGUAAUCCUCCACUUGACAUAAGGAAUAUGCUCAGCCACUUGCGAUCCGAGGCCGAACCGCUCCAUGAGACAAUGAUGCAUAACUUGAGGUUCAUUCAGAAGCAGGAUCAAGGGAAAUGGGAAUAUAAAGACGUUUCACAAGAUAGACUCUUCGAAGCAUCAGUCCGACACAAGCACUACGCGCAGCACAUCACGUGUGAAUGCGUUUAUUGCAAAACACAAGAUGAUCCAGUUUGCCCUGCUUCAUUGCAAGAUCCUUGCUCCAUCACAGGAUGCGCAGAACACUUGAUUCAAAGAACACGUUUGAACGCUGAUGUGGAUAAUCCGUCCUUCGUCCCUGAACCGUUGAUUCACUUCGGUACGGUCGCCUCGGCAAACACCGUGAUGAAGUCCGGCGAACAUCGGGACUAUAUCGUUGGGAGGGAAAGAAACCGAUGUGACGAGAAUAUCAUUGCAUUUGAGAUGGAAGGUGCAGGGAUGUGGGAUGACAGGCCCUGUGUAAUCAUCAAGGGGGUUUCUGACUACGCUAACAGCCAUAAGAAUGAUAUUUGGCAUGCGUAUGCCGCAGCCACAGCAGCAUCUUGUACCAGAGCAUUUUUGGAGAUGUGGAUUCCUUCGGAUCCUCUUCAGGGACAAAGGCCUCAAUGGGGACAAUCGGUUGGACAAUGCCGUCAGCAUCAAGAAUCCAACAGAGUGAGCAACCAAGAGGUGAGCAACCAGGAGGUGACUGUUACGCUAUCACAAGUGACGCUUGUCGAACAGAACACUUCAAAAGCCACCUCAGAUGUCCAUCCUCGGCUUUUUUACAUUCUAACGAAGCAUCACUUCAGACCACGGGCAAAUGGUUACUGGAAUCGUUUGACACUCGAAUCAUGGAAUGUCUAUCGGUCAGUUUACCGAAUGUGCUAUGACGAGAAAGAUAGAAAAGUCCGAUUCCAAGAAUUUUUGAAAGAGUUUGACAAAUCUACAGGCCCGUCCCAGGCCAUUAUACGCGAGUACUGGAACAGGGUCAUCCCAAAAGCACACCGCAAGGAGGGUACUACACCUCCUCUAUCUCAGGGGCUCGUACUAGCAGUGCUCUAUAUGCUACAUAUCCUCCAUACAUUGCAUGAAAGCCCCCCUUCCGAAUUCGACGAUCGACGGCAUGCAUUUCUAUCCCGCUUCGCCUAUUGGACAUCCUGUUGCUGCAAUUUGAACUGCGGACGGUCGUGGAAUUUCGUUUCAUAUACGGGUAUCUGGAGACGCAUGCCAGGCACUAAUGGUGGCCCUUGUCAUGGGGAUAUGCAUCUAAAUCAUAACUUUCGAGAUACGGAUCAUAUAGCGGCGUAUAAAUCUACUUUUCACAGUUGGUGGAAUGCGUAUGUGAGCCAGCGAAAAGCUGUAGUGUCGUAG